GUCGUCACCAACAAUCCUAUCCGCAAACUCGUUGAACCUUCAACCCUCUUCGUCCAACCAAAACCUUGUAAACAGACGAAUAACAAAGAUUCAAACCCCCAAAAUUCUCACCCAUUUUCCAUGGCAAAAACCUGAUAACCUUGCUAUCAUCAUCGAAUUAUGGCCUCCAUAUCCACCUGCUUCACCAUAACACCUAAAUCUCAUCCAAACCCCUCAUCAAUCUUUUCCCUUAAACCCUCCUCCCAAUUUCACUACUCUCUUAGGGCGCAUAAUGAUGUUUUCCAUAGGGAACUAUUGAGAUUUGAGAGACACCAUAGUGGUAGUAAUAGUAAUAGUAGAAGCUUUGUAUCUGAAAUAAGGGCUGGUUUCAAUGUUCCGUCGGUGGAAGCGACCGCGAGGAUUAGGCCAGGGAAGGUAAUUGAGAGCGAUAAAUUGUCGGCGGAUGUGAGGAAGCGGACGAUGGACGCUGUGGAUAAGUGUGGAAAGAGGGUGACAGUUGGUGAUGUGGCAAGUAAGGCUGGGAUUAAGUUGACUGAAGCUCAAAAGGCUUUACAGGCCCUUGCGGCUGAUACUAAUGGCUUCUUGGAGGUUUCGGACGAAGGUGAUGUUCUCUAUGUGUUUCCAAAAGAUUAUCGUACAAACCUUGCAGCCAAGUCGCUUAGGAUAAAAUUGGAACCUCUGUUUGAGAAGGCAAAGUCUGGUGCUGAAUACUUGAUCAGGGUUACUUUUGGAACAGCAUUAAUUGCUUCCAUUGUUAUUGUUUAUACAACAAUCAUUGCUAUUAUUUCGAGUAGUAGUGAAGAAGAUAAUCGAGGAAGACGCAGAGGAAGAUCUUUUGAUUCGGGAUUCUCUUUCUAUCUUAGUCCAGCAGAUUUGUUUUGGUAUUGGGAUCCAUAUUACUAUAGGAGGCGGCGAGUUCGAAAAGAAGAUAAUGGAAUGAAUUUCAUUGAAUCUGUAUUUUCGUUUGUGUUUGGUGAUGGUGAUCCAAAUGAAGGUAUUGAAGAAGAGAGGUGGAAGUUGAUUGGUCAGUACAUUGCAUCGAAUGGUGGUGUUGUUACAGCAGAGGAACUUGCUCCAUAUCUUGACGUACAAAAUGCUGAGAAGACGGAUGAUGAUGACUCAUACAUAUUACCUGUUCUUCUGCGUUUUGAUGGUCAACCAGAAGUGGAUGAAGAGGGGAACAUUCUGUAUCGGUUUCCAUCACUUCAACGUACAGCUACUUCACAAAGAAGUGGUAGGAAGGAAUACGUGGGUAGAAAAUGGACUGAAUGGGUGGGAGGCGUUGAUAAGUUCUUCAAGGAGAAAAAAUGGGAUUUCAGUAAAAUUAGCAACACAGAGAGGGCAAUGGUUGCUGGUUUGGGCGCACUUAAUCUCUUUGGGGUGAUUGUUCUUGGGACCAUGUUGAAGAAUCUGACAGUCACACCAAGCGGCUUCAUUUCAUUUGUAUCUGAAAUAUUUCCUGUUCUCCAGAUCUACGCUGCCUCCUUCUUUGCUAUUCCUUUGGUCCGAUGGUUCAUCACUCAAAAGACAAAUGCUGAAAUAGACAAAAGGAACCAAGCUAGGGAGCAGCGUGCACGAGCACUUGAAUUGCCAGAUGUCUCCCUCAGACGAAAGAUUCUGAGUGCUCGGGACAUGUCUCAGAGGACUGUAAUCGGGGAGGAUCGGAUUGUGUACACCACGGAAAAAGACAUAUUCGAGCAAGAGUAUGACACAAAGGAGUGGGAUCGGAGAUUUAAAGAGAUCGAGAAAUCUGAUUAAUAUUUAUACAUACGGUUACCCUGAUGAAAAGGGAAAUCAAUGGGUAUGGGGUAGCCUUCGCUUCAAGUUCAUUGUUUCGGUGUCGAUUUGAAGCUAUAAACGGAAAUCUGGGCUCCCAUUGUUGACGAUAUAAAUUCCAUGUGAUUUUAGUCUCCUUUUUUACCAUGUUCGCUUACAUUCUUUAGUAUUCGACAUUUUCUGGUCGGUUAAACGUCAUAAUUAUUGUAUUUUUUAGGACAUCGAUUGCAAAUCUCAUACAUUUGUAAGGUUCAAAUCAA